GUCGGUGAACAAGGUGCAGAUAGUUGGGAGUGGACUAACGAUGACCUGAUGAGUUACACUGCCUGGGAAAGAGAUCCUUCCACCAUUUCAAACCCUGAACCCUGUGCAACCCUAUCGAGAAACACAGGAUACCUGAAAUGGAAAGACUUUAACUGUGAUGUGAAGUUGCCCUAUGUCUGCAAGUUCAAGGGCUAG